CUAAUGGUUCGGGGUAUCCGGAGCGUAGGAUCAUCUGAGGAGGAGACUCAAGUGAUCCGCUUUCUCAAUCCUUUGACAAUUAUCAGUGGCCCUAAUGGAAGUGGAAAGACUACACUUAUUGAAGCACUCAACUAUAUCACUACUGGAGCACUCCCAUCUGGAAAAUUAGCGUCGUUCGUGCAUAGCGUAGAG